AUCUAGUUUUCCUUUAUGAAUCACUUAAGACACUUAGGAAGUUUCUUGUUCUGAAAUUGCAGUACUGCAAUGAAGAAAAGGAGAAAGGUUACUUCAAGUCUUGACGAGAAGAUCCAUCUAGGCUAUCCUAAGAAUUCUUCAGGAGGAAAUGGUGCAGUGGAGUGUGAUGAUCAAGUAGCCUAUACUCCACCUACAAGAAGACCAACUCCUGAAGCUCUUCCCUGCUACCAGGACCUCCCCCCUUCUCCAGAUCAGAGAAAGCUUCUGAGUUCUUUGCAGUACAAUAAGAAUUUACUGAAGUAUCUAAAUGAUGACCGGCAGAAGCAACCGUCUUUCUGUGAUUUACUUAUCAUAGUCGAAGGAAAAGAAUUUAACGCGCACAAAGUAGUCGUUGCUGUGGGCAGUAGCUAUUUUCACGCAUGUUUGAGCAAAAACCCAAGCACUGAUGUUGUCACUCUGGAUCAUGUAACACAUUCAGUUUUUCAGCAUUUGCUCGAGUUUCUGUACACAUCCGAAUUUUUUGUGUACAAAUAUGAAAUUCCUCUUGUACUAGAGGCUGCGAAGUUUCUGGACAUAAUUGAUGCCGUUAAACUACUCAAUAACGAAAAUGUUGCCAGUUUCCAAUCGGAAUUAACUGAAAAGUCAUCACCAGAAGAUACCCUAAGUGAAUUAACUGGAAGAUUAUCUAAUCAUCAGUGCAAAUUCUGUAAUAGCCAUUUUUGUUAUAAAAAGUCCUUAGAGAACCAUUUGGCAAAGACUCAUAGAUCCCUAUUAUUGGGGAAAAAACAUGGGUUAAAAAUGCUGGAGAGAAGUUUUUCCGCAAGAAGAUCAAAAAGGAAUCGGAAGUGCCCAGUGAAGUUUGAUGUUACUAGUGAUGAUGAACCAGAAAGUGGUGAUGGGUUAGACAAUUUGAACCAGGAGAACUUUGAUAAAGAAAAGUCUGACAGGAAUGAUUCAGAGGAUCUUGGAAGUGAAUAUAAUGCUGAGGAAGAUGGGCUAGAUGAGGAGAUGUCAGAUGAAUAUACUGACACUGAAGAACAAAGUGAAAAGGAUCAGAAUGAUGCAGAAGAGGAGCCUGGGGCUGGUGAUUCUGUUCAAAAUAUUCGUGAGGGGUUAACCCCAGUAAUCAUUCAAAACAAUAACAAAAAAAUAUUGCAGUGUCCUAAGUGUGAUAAAACAUUUGACCGAAUAGGGAAAUAUGAAAGCCACACCCGUGUUCACACAGGUGAGAAGCCCUUUGAGUGUGAUAUUUGUCACCAGCGCUAUUCAACAAAAUCUAACCUAACUGUUCACAGAAAGAAGCACAAUAAUGAAACAGAAUUUCAUAAGAAGGAGCACAAGUGCCCUUACUGUAAUAAACUUCACGCAAGCAAGAAGACUUUAGCCAAGCAUGUUAAGAGAUUUCAUCUUGAAAAUGCGCAAGAAUUUAUUUCCAUUAAGAAGACUAAGAGUGAAAGUUGGAAAUGUGAUAUUUGCAAGAAAUCUUUUACUCGAAGACCACAUUUAGAAGAGCAUAUGAUUCUACAUUCUCAAGAUAAACCUUUUAAGUGCACCUAUUGUGAAGAGCACUUCAAAUCACGAUUUGCACGGUUAAAGCAUCAAGAGAAGUUCCAUCUGGGUCCUUUUCCAUGUGAUAUAUGUGGUCGUCAGUUUAAUGACACUGGAAAUUUGAAGCGCCAUAUAGAAUGUACUCACGGUGGAAAGAGAAAAUGGACUUGUUUUAUCUGUGGAAAAUCAGUAAGAGAAAGAACUACAUUGAAAGAACACUUGCGAAUUCAUAGCGGAGAAAAACCUCAUCUUUGUAGUAUUUGUGGACAAAGUUUUCGUCAUGGGAGUUCAUACAGACUUCACUUACGAGUACAUCAUGAUGAUAAAAGAUAUGAAUGUGAUGAAUGUGGAAAAACCUUUAUUCGUCAUGACCACCUUACAAAGCACAAAAAAAUACAUUCAGGUGAAAAGGCUCAUCAGUGUGAAGAAUGUGGAAAAUGUUUUGGUCGUAGGGAUCAUCUUACUGUUCAUUAUAAAAGUGUGCACCUUGGAGAGAAAGUGUGGCAAAAAUACAAAGCAACAUUUCAUCAAUGUGAUGUUUGCAAGAAAAUUUUUAAAGGUAAAUCAAGUCUGGAAAUGCAUUUUCGUACUCAUUCAGGUGAGAAACCAUACAAGUGUCAAAUUUGCAAUCAAUCUUUUAGGAUUAAGAAGACUUUAACCAAACACCUGGUCAUUCAUUCUGAUGCAAGACCUUUCAACUGUCAGCACUGUAAUGCAACAUUUAAGCGGAAAGACAAGCUGAAAUACCAUAUUGACCAUGUUCAUGGCAUAAAAUCUCCUGACGAUCCUCUCGGUACCUCUGAGGAAAAACUUGUGCCAUUGCCAGUAGAGUACUCAUCUGAUGAUAAAAUAUUUCAAGCGGAAACAAAACAAUACAUGGACCAGACCAAAGUUUAUCAAUCAGAAGCCAAGACUCUAUUACAAAACGUGUCCACUGAAGUAUGCGUUCCAGUAACCUUGGUUCCAGUUCAGAUGCCAGACACGCAGAAUGAUUUAGUGCGUCACACAACCACACUCCCACCAUCUUCUCAUGAGAUUCUUCCACCCCAGCCACAAUCAACAGACUACCCACGAGCCCCUGAUUUAGCUUUCUUGGAAAAGUACACUCUUACACCUCAGCCUGCAAAUAUAGUUCAUCCUGUCCGACCUGAACAAAUGCUCGAUCCUAGAGAACAGUCCUAUCUUGGAACAUUACUGGGACUUGAUCACACUACUUCUGUGCAAAACAUUUCUAAUAACGAUCAUCACUCAUGAGAAAAUACGAACAUUCCA